AUGGAUUCCACUUCCGCCACCGCAAGCCUUCUGCCACCGGAAUCCAAAACUACCACCAACACCAUCACACCGCCGGAUCCCCCUAAACCAAUCGCCUCAGCCACCGACCGAGAUUUCCUAAACCACCUGGAAGCCUACCUCUCCAAACGCGACGGCGUCGACAAGCUCCUCAAGAUCUCGCGAUACGCCGCCAAGAUCGUCCUCUCCUCCUCGAUCCUCCCCGAAACCCUAAUUCUCACCACCCGCCUCAAGAGCUUCGAGUCCAGCGUCGGCCUCAGCCGGAAGGCAUUCCGCCUGGGGAAAUUCGUGCAGGACGUCAACGCCCUCCGCUCCUCCUCCCACUUCGGCUCCCAACAAGAAUUGGUCCUCUCGAUCCUCGCCUACGGCGGCGAAGGGAUCUACUACUUCGUCGAGCAGUUCGUCUGGCUGUCGAAAUCGGGUCUGAUCGACGCCCGCCAUGCCAAGAGGUUGGGGAAAAUCAGCGCCUGGGCGGAAUUCGCCGGGUACGUCGGGAGCAUCUCGUUGAAAUUUAGGGAUUUGAACAAAUUGAGCGGGGAGAUGGCCGCGGUGUCGUCGAUGGUCGAGAUCGCGGACUCCAGAGGGGAGGAAGAAGAGAGGAUGAAGAAAUUGAAAGCGAAGAUGGUGUUGAAGAAGCUCUCGAUCGUUCAGGAUUUCGCCGAUGGGUUUAUGGCGUUGGCUGAUAUUAGGGACGGGAAAGGGAAGCUGUCUUCGCCGUUGUUUUUGUCUUGCGCGGGGCUUUUGUCAGCCAUUAUUAGUACCCAGAAGAACUGGGCUUCCUGCUGA